AUGAAUCCUCGUCGAUUAAAUAAUAAUUCAAUGACACACAACGAAUAUCGUAUUGAUUUGAAUUCUCCAAAUAAUAUUGAAGAUAUUGAAACAGUUCAAGAAGAUCUUGUUAAUCAAAUUCAACAAACAAAUCGACCAAAUAUUAAUAAUGAUCAUUUACAUCAAUUAAUUAAUUUAUUAAAAGAUAAUUUAACAUCAACAUUUCCUUUUAUUAUUAUUCUUAUUCUUAAAGCUUUCUAUGAACAUUCUGCAGGUAUAUUAAUGGUUAUAUUUUUUUCUGCAAGUAUUUAUCAUGCAAAUACAGUUUUGGUUGAUCAAGCAGCAUUGAAAUCAUCUCGUCAAUUAUGUCCAGUUAUUCGUGUAAUUUUAAUUCUUAUUAUAUCUUUGGUAUCAUUUCUUUAUUUAUUUCGAGAAGAUAAAUUUUAUUUAUGUUUAAUAUUUUCUCGUCCAUCAUACACAAAUUGGAAUUUAUCAACACUUCUUUGGGUUCUCUAUUCAACAUUUUGUAUUAUUAAAAUGAUGAUCAUGAUAUUAAAAGGUUUAUUAAUUUUAUAUCCAUUAAGUAGUGAUAAAGGAAAAUAUUGUUUGACGUUUCGUAAACGUGGAUCCUAUUUUUCAUUAUUAGAAUAUUUAUCUCAAUUUUAUAUAAGUCUAUUAACAAUUCGACCAUGGCUAAGUUUUCUACUGUAUAAUAACAAUCAAGGAAAUAUAUUAUUUUCAUCGUUUCUUCUUUUUUUUUAUUCAACGAUUAAAUUUUAUAAUUUGUAUAAAUCAACAGUUGAAUUACGUCAAUCAAUUAAUAAAUCAUUUCAAAAUCUUCCUUUUCCACCAGUCCCAAUAAAUGAAUUACGAGAAAAUAUGUGUCCAAUAUGUCAAUCAGAAUAUCAAGAUCCAAUUAUAUUAACAUGCAAACAUAUAUUUUGUGAAGAAUGCGUUUCAUCAUGGCUUGAUCGAAAUGCAUCAUGUCCACUAUGUCGAUCAAAAUUACCCAUUGGACAAGCAAAUUAUCGAGAUGCUUUCACUUCGGGAUAUCUUAUUUGGUACUAA